AUGAGGGAUCAGCAUGGACUGUGGGCAAGUGAGAAAAUGUAUAAGAACAAAAUCAAAGCUUGGUCUCUGCGGAAAUACCUCAAAGAGAACGAGGCCAAGCAGAUCAUGGAAGGCGAGGUUCCCACAGCCAGCAGAGAUUCUGACCUGGAAUCUUUGAAGAGGAAAGCGGAACGCGCUUUGAAGCGGAAACGAAGUCGCAAGUUAUCUCAGCCGCAAGCUUCCCCCUUGGCUUCAGAGUUCUCACCAGCCGCCUCGUCUCCGCCACCAUCUCCAGUUUCGGAGGCGCUUGUCCCGUACACAAAGCCCGCAGAACCACUUCCGACCAUCGUCGUUCCAUCGCCGGAAGGGUUUCGUAUUGCUAGUGUCGCCGAGCAGUUCCUCUUCAACCUGCGUGGGUGGACUCACGAUGCCUUUGUUCACGGUGAUUGGGAUACUAUGUCUUCUACGCAGCACAACCGCGGCCGCCAGGCAUCACGUCUUCUCUCCUCGAGUCUCACCGCAGGGAUCAACCUUUUCGACAAUGGAAAGCAGGACCUUGCCUGGGCACAGUGGGGAAAGGCCUUUGCAGGGUUCCAAAAUCCCGAACUGUUCAAGUCCUGGUAUUACGAGAUCCCCAUGGCCUUGCUUUUUGAAGUGGGUCGGGUGGCCGUCAGCGGCCACCGCCAGCUGGCUGCACUGCUUUUAAGGAGCGUCAAACGGUGGGCGCAUACGUUCCUUGAUCCCAAGGAUUCGCGCCAUGCUCUCUUCAGCGUCUUUGGCGAACUCGAAGUCGACCAGCUACAAGACCUUUACAAACGUGCGGCCCGUUCCAUGUACGAUGGUCUUGAGACACGAAUUGACAAGCGCAACAAGCUCUUAUACGAGGUUCGACUUAACCGGGCUCUGGACCUGCUAUGGUAUGAUCCAGAAACAGAUUUGACGGAAUGGCUACCCCAGAUCUCCGAAGUUGACGCUGUGUCUCCGGGAUUAUCCGUAUACUUCAUGCUUCUGCAAGCUUACAGACUCGUCGCUCAGGACCAAUACGAUGAAGCUGAAGAGAUCUGCUCCCAGGUACAGCGCAGGCUGACAACCUUGAAAGACACUCCAGGAAGCAUAGAUCUCUGGCGGGUAGGGCUAGCUUAUCGCAGGCUUGGGCGACAACAACACGCCAAAGGUCGUUUUGCAGACGCUCGCCGGAGUUUCAACACGGCACUGAAAUAUGUGCAGAACAACAACGAGCUGUCCAAGUCCGUUCUGAUCGAGAUCUGCCAGCGACAGCAAAGCAUGGCAAACAUGAUGCAAGACACCGAGGACGUCUUCUUCUGGACCAGAAUGCUCGAGUCGUUGGAGCAGGAUACCAAAGCACAAGUCAUCGAAGAACUCGAUGUCAUCAAGGACGAGGACGAAAACGACACUGACAGCGAAAAGCUUCCAGGAAAACGGAGGCGAAUAUCUAGUCCUAACCGGAGUUCCACCCCUGCUCGUCGGGGCACUUGGUGA